UUAUAAACAACGAUGCCAAGGGGAAACAGAUUCUUUGGUUCGGUCGGUUCGGUUAACUUUGGUUGUAACCGGUUACUCUGGACUUGAUUUCUAUCACGUGAAAGGCCCCCCUUAAAUAAGAAAACCCUAAAUGAAAGCAGUGAACCCUAACCCCAAUGGCGACGGGAAGAAGAAGAUCAAUCCCAGAGUCAGUAACCGUGCAGAUCAUCGCGAGGUUACCUCUGAGAAGCAUCGCGAGAUUCAAAUCUGUCUGCAAACAAUGGAGAUCACUGAUAGAAUCGUCCUACUUCCGCAGCCUCUUCGUCUCUCUCCACCGAAACGCAUCUUCCUCCUCCUCCUCGUGGUCUCUAAUGUUCCCAAUCAAGUUUAAGAAUCCCAUCACAGAAGCUAUAGGCUUCCACGGAUGCAAAACAUGGGAUCUCCCCAAAUCCCUAGCCUCUUAUCUCAUCCCUUUUCAGCUCUAUCCCAAUCACUCCACCUUAGACUAUUACUACAUAGCUUCUUCAAAUGGAUUGGUUUGGAUCGAAGUAUGCUUCGGCCUUGACGAAAACCGCAAUAUCGAAGCCAAAUUUUUCGUGGGCAAUCCAGUCACGCGAGAAUGGGUUGAGAUCCACCAGCCUCAGGAUCCUUCCACCAUUGCCACUAGUAUUGUAACGCGUGUUGUGAACGGCGUCGUUUCGAGCUUUAAAUUGAUUAAUACUACUUAUGAGGUUAAUGACACAAACGAUGUGCGGAGCAUGUACGUGUAUUCUUCUGAGACAGGGGCGUGGUCUUUCAAGCGGAUUCGCUCCCCUGUUCCUCUCCAGCGAGCUGGUUUUAACAAGCCCUUGAUUCUCAACGGGACUGUUUACGUGUGGGACAAGAGAGUGGACGAUGGUGAUACUGCCCCUGGAGUUCUGGUAGCUUAUGACUUUUUCGCUGAAGAAGAUGAUGAUCUGUGUCGGAUUAUACCUCUCCCUGGACUGUACAACGAGUACGUUAGGAGAUGCUUGAGUUCUUCAGGUGGAGAUGUUAUCUACGUUGAGAUAUUGGAUCGAAGAUUGAAGGUUUGGAAGCUGAAGAGUGACAACUCUGAUGGAGAAUGGUGGCGGUUGACUAGGGAGGAGAUCGACAUGGCGUCUGUCGGCUUUGAUGUCGAUUGUUUUCCUUUGGGAGUUAACCCGUUUGAUACUGGUCUGGUCUAUCUAUGGAGUAGACAGCACAGCUGUGUGGUAUCUGGUAACUUAAGGACUCGAGAGUUUACUCUUCGUGAGGAAACGGAGACUUGGAGUGAUGGUGAAGGUAGUUGGCGCGUAAACACGUCCGAUUCUAAGAAGUAUAUGGAAGGAGUAUAUGAACUUAAUACAGCUUUGGUCAUCACGUUAUCACAAUCUGUGCCCCCACAGUGGAUGGAUCCGGUGCCUCGCCCGCCAUAUUGACAUCUUUCUUUUGUCACUUUCUCCAAUGUUUUUUUUUUGUGUGUUUUGUUUUGUCUCGUUUAUAGUAAGGACACUUUGUUUCAGGUCUGCUCUUUUGUGAUGACUUAGUUGCUCUAUAAGUUAACUUGCGUUAUUACAUUAGCUGUGCAAUCUAUCUACUUAUUUA